GGGUUUGACGUGUCAAUGUUUGGGAGCAGCCUGGCGCAGCAGCUGCCCGGGGCGCGCGAGUCCCUGCUGCUGCCUGGGCCGGAGCUGUGCGGCUGCCAGCGGCGGGCACUGCAGAGGAGAGAACUGAAUCCAGACAUGAGGAAGGUUUUGUUAGUGGAACCUGUCAUCAUCAUUUACACUUUUGCCGCCUUCUUGACCGUACCGCUGAUUCAGCAGUAUAUUUAUCGGAGACUAUGGGAAGAAGGAAGCAACUCCAGUUUAAUAGAAAAUAACAACACGACUUACUGUGAACUAAACAAAAGUAACCCAACCUAUAUCAAACAGAAGGAAGUCCAAGAAAAGGCCUCUCUUUUUCUCAUGCAGUUGGACUUAACUGGUGCAGUUCCCAGCAUUUUGAUUGCCAUUGUCCUUGUAGCUGAUGGGGAUCGUCAUGGACGCAAAAAAUCUUUAGUUCUGCCUUCAGUGGGAGCUUUUAUAGCAAAUGUUUUUCUCGGUGCACUAUCGUAUUUCUCCCUGUCCCUCUCUAUUUUAUUUGCAGUUGCAUUUUUUGGUUCACUGUUUGGAAGCCUUGCAACUUUUCUCGGAGGAGCCUUUGCCUUUGUAGCUGACCUCUGUAAUGAAGAGAAGCAAAAAACGAUACGUAUAGCUCUGGUUGAUAUGAUUUUGGGACUUGUAUCUGGAUUAGCAGGGCUGACUUCCGGCUACUUCAUAAGAGGAUUAGGCUUUCCAUGGACAUUUGUGGUUGCUUCUCUGCUUCACUUUAUUAAUAUUUUCUAUAUUACAUUUUGUCUGGAGGAUACAGUACGUGUACCUGAAUUCCAGCAGCAUGCAUCAGUAUCUUGUACUGAAGGCCUUAAAGAAACAUUUUCUGGAGUGUACAUGCUUUUUAAAACUUCCACUUGUAAAAAACGAACUUUAAUCAUUGUAUUGCUUUUUACAUUCAUGAUGUAUUUUUUUACCUGGAUGGGUGGGAGUUCUCUUUUUACGUUGUAUGAACUGGAUGAACCUCUCUGCUGGAAUGAACUCUACGUAGGAUAUGGAGCAGCUGCAUUCACUUCUGUUUCUCUGACCAGUUUUUUAGGAGUAUACGUGUUUUCACGUUGUCUCAGGGACAUCUAUAUCGUCUUCAUUGGGAUAUUUUCUUGCAUUGGAGGAAUGGUCAUGGCUGCUUUUGCUAAAACGACACUGCUCAUGUUUUUAGUGAGAGUGCCUUCUCUUCUAUGUUUUAUGCCCAUUCCAGUCCUACGGUCCAUGUUGUCAAAAGUGGUUCUGGCUAGUGAACAAGGUGCUGUGUUCGCUUGCAUUGCCUGCUUGGAAGUUGUGACUAGUGCCAUUUCAGUCGCAGUUUUUAAUAGUCUCUAUGCUGCCACUGUAGCUUGGUUUCCAGGCUUUAGUUUCCUCUUAUCAGCUGGUCUUUGUAUAAUUCCCCUGGGCUUCAUGUGCUGGCUUAUGUGCACCAAUUGGCAUGAAGAGGACUUGGCAUCGCCUGCAUAUGAAGAAGUAUCCAGUGAAGAGAGUAUUGACAGUUGAACAAAGAAUUUACCUACCUUGGUUUUCUAGUCUGAUGUGCCUGGCACCACCUGUUACAUACACACUGAUAGGGGAGAGAGUGUGACAGUUGUAGAUGAAAUCUGGACAGUAGCCCUGCAACAAUUACCAUAAAACUGCUAGAAUUUCCAGUCUUCCUAUUUUAUACGAGAAUGAGUUUAAUCCUUAUACUUAACUAUGCAAAUAUGGUGAGAGUGGCGGGUCUUUAUCAGUUUUUUUAAAGUAUAGCAAAAAUGAUUGAUAUUAUAUAUUUAUGAAUAAGAAUAUAGAAUUACUUAUUUUUUUCAUCCUGUGCUCUUGGAUUUACAAAUAAUAUCUCUUUCAGAAUUAAGAGAAAAUACGUGAGAGCCAUAUUUUGUUGUGUCUCACGUCUGAAAAUGAUUUAAAGUAGGGCUGUUGAUUAGUUACAGUUAUCUCAUGCAAUUAAUUAAAAAAUUAAUUUCAAUUAAUCACACUGUUAAACAAUAGAAUACCAAUUGAAAUGUAUUAAAUAUUUUUGGAUGGUUUUUCUACAUUUUCAAAAAUACGGAUUUCAAUUACAACACAAAAUACGAAGUGUACAGUGCUAACUUUAUAUUGUUUAUUACAAAUAUUUGUACUGUAAAAAUGUUAAAUAGUAUUUUCAGUUCACCUCAUACAAGUACUGUAGUGCAACUUACAAAUGUAGGGUUUGGGUUUUUUGUUACAUAACUGCACUUAAAAACAAAGCAAUAUGAAACUUUAGCACCUACAAGUCCACUGAGUCCUACUUGUUGUUCAGCCAGUCGCUAAGAGAAACAAGUUUGUUUACAUUUACAGGAGAUAAUGCUUCCCACUUCUUAAUUACAGUGUCACCUGAAAGUGAGAACAGGCAUUCAUAUGGCACUGUUAUAACUGGCGUUGCCAGAUAUUUAUGGGCCAGAUGCACUAAAAAUUCAUGUCCCUUCAUACUUCAACCAUCAUUCCAGAGGACAUGCUUCCAUGCUGAUGUUGCUUAUUAAAAAAAAUAAUGCAUUCAUUAAAUUUGUGACCGAACUCCAUGGGAGAGAAAUGUAUGUCUGCUGCUCUGUUUUACCUGCAUUCUGCCAUAUAUUUCAUGUUAUAGCAGUCUUGGAUGAUGACCCAGCACAUGUUGUUCGUUUUAAGAACACUUUCACUGCAAAUGUGACAAAAUGCAAAGAAGCACCAAUGUGAAGUUUCUAAAGAUAGCUACAGCACUCAACCCAAGAUUUAGGAAUCUGAAGUGCCUUCCAAAAUCUGGGAGGAACGAGGUGUGGAGCAUGCUUUCAGAAGUCUUAAAAGAGCAACAUUCUGAUGCGGAAACUACAGAACCCAAAUCACCAAAAAAGGAAAACCAACCUUCUGCUGGUGGCAUCUGACUCAGAUGAUGAAAAUGAACAUGCGUCAGUCCACACUGCUUUGGAUCAUUAUUGAGCAGGACCCAUCAUCAGCAUGGACGCAUGUCUUCUGGAAUGGAGGUUGAAGUAUCAAGGAACAUAUGAAUCUUUAGCGCAUCUGGCAUGUAAAUAUUUUGCGACAACAGUGCCAUGCAAAUGCCUGUUCUCACUUUCAGGUGACAUGGUAAGCAAGAAGCAGGCAGCAUUACCUUCUGCAAAUGUAAACAAGUUUGUUUGUCUGAGCUAUUGGCUGAACAAGAAAUAGGACUGAAUGGAGUUGUAGGCUCUAAAGUUUUACAUUGUUUUGUUUUUGAGUGCAGGUUUUUUGAUACAUAUUUCUACAUUUGUAAGUUCAACUUUCAUGAUAAAGAGAUUGCACUACAGUACUUAGGUGAAUUGUAAAAUACUUUUUUUUUACAGUGCAAAUAUUUUUAAUAAAAAAUAAAUAUAAAGUGAGCACUGUACACUUUGUAUUGUGUUGUAAUUGAAAUCAAUAUAUUUGAAAAUGUAGAAAACAUCCAAAAAUAUUUAAAUAAAUGGUAUUCUUGUAUUGUUUAACAGCGUGAUUGUGAUUAAAUUAGGGCUGUCAAGUGAUUAAAAAAUUAAAGUGAGGCAUAUGAUGCAGCUGUGUCAUCUAAACUUGUGUGACAAUGAUAGUUUGCCUGAUCAUCAGCUUAUAUAAAUCUCUGUAGUUCUUUUGAAGCCAAUGGAACUAUGCCAGUUUGCACCAGCUCAGGAUCUGGCCUAUAGAGUGCAUCUCAAAGGACUUUUGUGUUAUUGUGUGGCCCAUAGGACAGUCUAAAAUGAGCAAACUGUAUGUGUUCUCUUCCAAAAGGCAAACAAACUGAGGAAAAUUCUGGCAUAUACUGUAAAUUAAAUCAUUUUUCUGCAGAUUUAAUUUAUAUGUGAAACAUAUGCGAAUGUGGAACUCACCUGUAACUUUGUUCUCAAGAUGAGUUUUCCCUCUAAUCUCAUUACAACAACCUGUGGCAAUGAGAAGCCAGCAUGGACUCUUUCCAAUGCAUUCCUUCUCAUGGCAGCUAGAUGUGCUCAUUCCAUUGGUGGGAUCUGUGAUAUCGACAUUUGGCCAGUUGGAACUAGGUUGAGGCUAACUCAGUUCAUACACAACAUCAACCAGCUGCAAUAUUGUGAUAACUUCUGCCUAUUGCCUUCAAUUUACACUCUAAUCUCUAGUCGUAUUCCUACAGUCAUUGAUGGACAUGGACACAGUCUCACUCAUAAGUUAUUAAUUUUACAUAGAAACUCUUGUGCCAGAACAGACUUACAGUCUGUCCACUCCCUGUCCUGCAUGUGGCAGUGACCAUAGUGAGAAGGGAUAUCUGUUCCUAACCCUAGCUAGUGACUGGUCUAUGCUGUGUAGUGUAAGGACUUUUUUUAUUAGUUAUUUUAACUGCAGAUGUAUUCUAAGAGGCAGAUCCUGGUCCAUUUAAGUAACUGGGAGUUUUGCCAUUGAUUUCAAUGGGCCCAAGGUCUGGCCCUAAAUGUUUAAGCCUUUUUAAUAAUCUGCUAAAUCAUUUGUUUUAAUAAUAUUAUAGGCUAAUUAUGGAGGCCCCGAUUCUGCAAAGACUUAAGCACAUGCAUUUUAUGCACUGAGUAGUCUUACUGACUUCAGAUAUUACUUGCAUUAUGUAAACUUAAGUAUGUACAUAAGCCAGAUUGUGUAAAAGGUUUUUUAAAAUCAGUUCUAAAUCUACUGCCUUUUAAUUUCAUUGUGUCCUUUUUUCCUCCUAUCAUGGGGCAAGAUAUAUAUAUCAUUCAUUUACAUCAUAGCUCCACUUAAAUCAUUGUAGCCUCUUUAAGAGCUCUUCUCUUAAGUCAUAAGAUCUUUCUCUUCUGUGGAUCUUUUUUAUUUUUUUUUAUAACCUUGAUGAAGUGACUAAAUAUGAUCCACACAUCUAAUUGUUUUGCACUGAAUGCACUCUAAUUGUAAUUAGAACUUAUAGCACUUUUCAUCUUCAAGGCACUUUACAAUUAUUUAAGUAAUUAAUUCUCACCCUUUGAGGUAGAUAUUAUCAUCUCUGUUUAUGAGAUGAGGAAACAGAGAGGUUACGUGACUUAUCCAGGGUCACGGAGCAAGUUAGCACUAGAACUGGAAUUCAGAAUAAAUUCCUGGCUCCUUGGUCUUGCACUAUGAUACCUUUAUGCACAAAUCAGGCAUGCAAUUGUAUUAUAUAAUGCAGAACUCUGCCCUUCCCUCCUGUUUUUUUAAAAAAAACAUAGAUCAUUUUUACAGCUAAGGUUGCCCUAAUCCAUCAGCAAGCAAAGAGAGGCUCCAUAGUGCUGUAUUUAUUAAGCAGAGAUUUGGUGCAGUAAUUAGAACAAAGUAAAUUGGUUGGAGUUCACUUUAGCCUCUUUAUUAGGAAGGAUGUUAUGUUAGGAAAUGAACUGUGAAAUGUGAACUAACUAUAUAUGCACAUAUGCUUUAAACAGGAAAAGGACAGAACUCUGGUAAGCUAAAACUCUGUUACCAUCUAGGAGAGACAGACCACAAAUCUGCACAUUCAGCUGAAAUGACCUUCCUCUCUUCAUUCAAAUUCACUUUAAGAACACCACCCUACUUAGCUUUAGGAAAGCCUUUCAGAAGUAAUCCACCAAAAAUAUUGGCACCAUAUCAAGAUUGGUGCUAUAAAAGGGUAUAUAUUAUGUGUAUGAUCUAGACUGCAAACUCUUCAGGACAAGGACUUUGUCUUCCUUUACAUUUGUACACCACCAGGUACACUGGUGCUGCUCACUAAAUAGAAAGCAUAUGUUCAAAUGCGAGUCUAAGGGCUCUUAAACACAAACUUUGAAAAAAGCACUUGAGUUAUAAAUAACUUUUUGCUUCAGGGAUGUACACGCUCUUAACGAAAGGAAGGACAUUUUUUCAUAAGAGUGCUGUGAAGAUUGUGUUUAGGCCCUUCAUCUAGACCACUCACAAUUCUGAUCUGGCUACUCUGCUCACACAGGUUAUAUAAUAGUUAAUGCCAGAAACUAUGUAGAGUGAAGCAGCCAUAUCCAAGUUAAUAACUCCUGGAAAAUGUAGUGAUUCAGAAAAGAGGAUCACUAUCUUAAUUCAUUUCCCAUUCUUUAUGGAGGUUCUGUCAUUGUCCCUGGCACUCCCUGUUGGUAAUCUGGGAAACCUAGUUGUGCAAUGGGACAUUCCAUUGGUCCAAAUGAGAAUUUUCACACAUGAUCAUAUUACAUGGGUGGGAGAAUGUCAGUCUUGCAGCACACAAUGUAUAUAACCAUGUUUUGUGGACUUGUCUCUAUAUGGAGAUGCAAAAUGUUUCUGGUGAAUAUAGCACUGAGAUUGAAAUAAAUAGGAAAUUAUGCCAACAUUUAUGUAAAAUCAUUUCUCAUAUAUUUAUUCAGUAUAUAACAUGAGACACGAGACAGGCUAAGCCUCCAGGCACUACUGUACUAUACAUUAAUAAAACCUUAAAUUUUGUAGCAAUUGAGUGAUUUGACAAGUGAAAUAUUUUUGUAUAAAUGCAAGCACCUUUUUGCUGUAAGAUAAUAAAGCAGAUAUCUGUCUAGUCUUCUAAA